AGGUCGGACAGUAGUUUCUUCUUUAUCAAGUUGGCACUUUCUUAGACGCGCCUUCGUUUCGCUCCCUAGUUAGCUCUCUCUAUUGGUUUUGAGCUAGAAACUUUUUCUGCACUCUCACAUUGAGGAAAAUGAAGAAACCCUUUAACUCAAUUGCAACUCCAAGCAAAACCCACUUCCAAGAAAGUGAAGAAGAAAGAGAAGAAGAGAUGGAUUCUUCAUCCGAAGAAGAGAACUCUGAUGACUCCAUUGAUUCUGAUGAAGAGGAAGAGAUAGAGCGUGAGUUAGCAGAAGUUACAUUCGAAGAGCUACAAAAGGCACGAGCCGAUGGUACAGAUUCAGUUUCUCGUAAACCCCGUUCAGAUGCCAAGUACCGUCGCGCUAACAGGAAUAGGCCAAUGGAGCUUAGUAGCAAGAAACCAGUGAAAUCUUUUAGACAGGUUAUUCAAGCUCCUAAAAAGGUGGCACGAGACCCCCGUUUCGAAUCUCUAUGUGGUACACUUGAUGUUGAUGGAUUCAGAAAAAGAUAUAAUUUUCUGUUUCAGAACAACCUACCAGCUGAAAGAGAAGAGGUGCAGAAACGACUCAAAAAAACCAAAGACCCAAAAGUCAUUAGUGAACUGAAGAACCAUAUUUCUUGGAUUGAUAAGCAAUUAAAGUUCGAAUCAGCAAAGAAUACCGACGCAGAGAUUCUGGCUGCACACAAGAAGAAAGAAAAAGAAGCAGCAAAGCAUGGGAAACACCCUUUCUAUCUUAAGAAAUCUGAAAUUCGGAAGCAAAGGCUUGUUGAGAAGUAUAAAAAGCUCAAGGCAUCCGGCAAACUCGAAUCCUUCAUCGAGAAAAAGAGAAGGAAGAAUGCUGCUAAGGAUCAUAGGUUCAUGCCCUAUCGUAGACCCAACAACAGUGAGCAACAAAGCUAAAUGAUUCUACGGGUGGAUAAGAUUUGCCCUCUAUAGGUGGUGAUGAGAUGAGAUUAGGGUUUUGAUUGGUAUAAUAAAACAUCCUCCUUGAGGCACUGUGCUAACAUUCAAUGAGUGAAAGAAAAUGAUGAUUUCGUUCUCACUGUUUUGAGAUUUUGCUUUAUAAUUCAGCUAUUUAUAAAUGGGCGGAUUUGGUUUGACGU